AUGACUGCGAUUACAAAAGAGUGUAUCAAUAGAUGGGCCUCGACAAUUAAACAAAAGACAUUUAAAUCGAAUGAUACUUACUCUAUAGGUUCAAUUACUCAUCUUUGGGAACUAUUGGGUGAUAUUUUUGCGGGCAAAUCAAAAAGUCAAAAUCAAAAACCCAAGAGUAUACUACCUAAUGCAUGGCUUCUGGGAGCUCAUUUUUUAUUCAACAAUCAAUCGAAUUUGAACAUAGGUAGCGACGGAUACGACAAUUACCAAGCACCAGUACUAAAUGGCAAUCAUCAAUUGUAUCUAAGGAGGCUAUGGGCUAGAGGUAGUAUAAAUAUCUCAAGUGUUCCCGAGCUUAAUUCGUCUUUGCAUUGUGAUGAAAAGGUUACGUCAGUUAGAUUUAUUGAUGAAAAUGUGCUUGUUAAUAUCGAGAGAAGCUUCUAUAGUCGCAUACUACUGCCACCGUUGUUGGUUGAAAAUAGGACUUUGAUGUAUACCAAUAAGCUAUAUUUUCCUGCAAAGACUAAACCAAUCUUGUUAAAUGAAAAGAAUGUUUUGCUUGUGUCCCCCCCUAUCCAGUUGUCAUCAAUUGAUUUGUUGAAAUAUAGUAUGUUGACGUAUAAUCUUCACAAGAUCCAUAUUGACACCAACUAUUGUCAUCUGAUUGAAAACUUGCCGACAUUGAUAGUUCACGGUCCAUUGCAAGUGACAUUGUUGUUAUAUUAUUUUCAAUUACAAUAUCCUAAAAUUACACCACAUCUUUUCUCAUAUCGUACUUAUGAGCCAUGCUUUGUAAAUGAAGAACUUGCCAUCCUGAUUACUGAGAAUGGAGACCAAUUCGACUUGGCCCUAUGCAACCCCAAGGACAAGAGGGUUAAGUUAAAGGGUCAGCUUCACCUACUAGAAAAAUAUCAGGCACCAUCACACACAUGGUAG